AUGGCGUCUUUUCUAUCAGUGUUUACUCUAGCUUCUAUUACAACGCAAACAACCCUAAGCAUACUAGUCAGCUGGUUCACCCUCGAAUGCAGGUUUCAGCCAGCGUACCUGGAACUGGAAUCGGUGACACUGGCCAAACUGCUCUACCUUCACGACCCGGAGGCCUGUGGGCGGGUGUUCUUCUAUAACCAGACCAUCCAGGUGACAAGAAAGGUGUUCCAAACCACGCUGCAAUGGCCGGUCAAGAAUAAUAUUGCUGCUGAAUUUCGACAAAGGAUCAAACUCUGGGUGGCGCUGCACGUCUUGUGGCUGGUGUCCUGCAUAGGAUACAUGACUCAGAGUCAUCGCCAGUGCGCCUUCUACGCUGCGCUGAUCCCCUUCUCCUUGACUGGUCUGACUAUCCUCCUACUGGAUCUGUUCUACAUGGCCCUCUUCUUGGUAGAUACAGCUAAUACUGGGACUGAGGUGGACAUCCUCAACUACAUAAACAGGAAUAACGACAGCGUCCACCACAUCAAUAAGAGCAGGUACCAAGUCCAGUACGAGUAUAAAUUAGUGUUCGGUCGCAAGCCGCUCCCGGACACCUCCUGGAUAUCCCUCCUCUUCGCGUACGCCAGCUGCCGCGGCGUCGUACUCUGGCUCUUCAACUUCUGGAUGGUCAAGGACAACUAUUUCGAGGGUUUAGCCACUUUCCAGGUGGAUAUGAGAGACAUCGGUACGGCAAUUCAGGACGGAAAGGACGCGUCACAGGGACUGAAACCUGGAACCUGA